AAGUUCCAACAAUGUCGCUGUUCCGUCUCAGCGCGCAGGCGCUCCCUAAACCAUUUGUUGCUCAGUAUUUAUUGGCGAGUGCGAGGAGCCUUUCCACGGACGUUAAAGCAUCCGAGCAGUCUCACUCAAAGGAGCCUUUCGAUAUCGCACCUGUCUCAAUCAAGGAUGUCCUAACCGCGGAUGUUGUCAGUGGUGCUCCCGGUGAACUUCGUCACCGCGCUGUGCGCAUCUAUCAGCCAACACGGAAUACGAUGCAAAGUGGAGGCGCAAAGUCUGAGCGUUGGCGUGUUGAUUUCGAUACUUUAUCAAGUGGUGCACGUUGGGAGAAUUCUCUGAUGGGAUGGGCGAGCUCUGCGGACUAUAUGCAGGGCACUCGUAUGUCUUUCAGGUCGAAGGAAGAUGCCAUCCACUUCACGGAGAAACAAGGUUGGGACUAUUAUGUGCAACCACCUACCUCGAAGCGCAUUCCUCCUAAGAACUAUGCGGAGAACUAUGUCUAUAAACCGAACAAGCUCCGAAUUGCUCGGACCAAAUAGACGCUUCAGGCUUGCCUCUCCUCCACCUAAGUACACUCGUUUACGAGUUCACUGGCACUCGCAGUUGAUCUCGGAGCACUAGAAUUAACUUGCGAUUAACGCAUGCAUCUAUCAUACUCGGAAAGAUAAACGCGUGUCGGAUUUAUCAACGUAUAUAGUAAAGCCAUACCACCGCACGCUUGUGCUGUCGGGUCUGGCAAAAAGAUGUUAUGGAACAGACCGUU